UAUUAUCUCUACUGGGUAGCUUUAUCGUCACUUCACAGUUCACACAGAGAACGAAAGGCAACAGAAAAACAGUGAAGAUGGCGCCUGGACCCGUCGUUGAAGAAGUUGAUACUGAGAAGAAGCUUCUGAAUGAUGAUGAGCCUGAGCCGGUGGUGGAAGACGUGAAGGAGGAAGACGACCAUGACGAUGAGGAUUCCGACGAGGACGAUGGCGAUAAGGAAGACGGCCCCCUAGGCGGUAAUGAGAGUUCUAAGCAGAGCAGGAGUGAGAAGAAGAGUCGUAAGGCCAUGUUGAAACUUGGCAUGAAACCUGUUCCCGAUGUCAGCAGGGUGACUAUCAAGAGAACAAAAAAUAUCUUGUUUUUCAUCUCGAAACCUGAUGUGUUCAAGAGCCCGAAUUCCGAUACCUAUGUCAUAUUUGGAGAGGCAAAGAUUGAAGAUUUGAGCUCUCAGCUGCAGUCCCAGGCAGCCCAGCAGUUCAGGAUGCCAGACAUGGGUUCAGUCCUGCCCAAGCCGGAAAUCUCAGCCUCGGCUGCUUCUGCACAGCCAGACGAGGAAGAGGAAGAGAUUGACGAGACCGGGGUUGAGCCUCGUGACAUUGAUUUGGUUAUGACACAGGCUGGAGUUUCCAGGAGCAAGGCUGUAGGGGCUCUCAAAACCCACAAUGGAGACAUUGUCAGUGCUAUCAUGGAACUCACUACUUAGAUUAUGGUGUUUCUACUUGUUUAAGAGGCCGGGUUUCUGGUAAAUUCUGGGAUUUUUGGGAGUAGUCUUUCAUUGUUUCAUUGGAUUCAUAUCUAAUGAAAAUUGAAAAACCUUUUGUCGUCAAACAUUGCAUUGUCUCAUGUUAAGUUUCGACUACUAACAAUGUGAAAUGAAACGUGGUAAGGCCACUCUAAUAGUAUCCAUCAUUUACAGUUUAAA